AUGGUGAUCAUCAGCCCCGUCGACGACCUCGCCAGCAGCCAUCCCCCCGCGGCCGGUGCCGACGGACGCGCUUUUCAACCGCCGGCGAGCAAUCCUGAGCCGCUGCUCUUCGACAACCUUAUUCGGGGGGCGGCAGCGUACCCUGCUGCUGCGGGCACGGCGGCUUGGAACCCUCAUCCUCAUCCGCCGUAUGCGUCAACAGCCACCAGCUCCGGCGGGUUCAACCCCUCGUCCUCGCCGCUGCUCUCCGGAUCCAUGAUGGACCCCUUCUCAGAGCAGCCACCACCGCUGCGCAUUGUGCGGCCGGCAAUGGUGGAGCCAUCCUACUGCUACCACCUGCCAACCAUGCUGGGGUUCCCGCCGCCGGCCUUUGCGCCCGGACCCUUUGCUCAAGGUGCCAGCGCCACACCGGCGCCGGUGCUGGUGCCGAUGCAGACCGCGAGCGUGGAGCCGGCCUACUACUACCCGCAAGCCCAGGGGGCAGCCGGAGAGGAAGCUGCAACCAUUCAGAAGGCUCAGGAAACCACCACACCCACCCCUCGGCGUCGCGGCCGGCCUCGCAAAACCGCCGCCGCCGUCGCCUCCAAGCCCGUGUUCAAGAAGGCGCCUAAGCGUGCCACGGCUCGAAGCAAACGAGCCGCAUCGCAGCAGGCAACAGCCUCUGCCACCAACGACUUGGCUACGAUGGCUGGCCAAGCUCUGGUCCAGAAACCAGAGCAGGCAGCCAGUGUUGCCGCGGCAUCCACCUCCGACGCCGCCCAGGCUCCUGCCCCGUGCAGAAACCCAAUGCCGCCGUUGCUCUGCCAGGAACAAUGGCGGCUGCAACCGACCUGCAGCAGCAGCAGUCUAAGCCCAGGGGGUCAAGCAGCUGCGGUGGUCGCCGGGCAGCCGGAGGUGACGCUACCGUACGCAUACGCGGAAACCUUCGCCGCCGGCGUGCGGUUCCGGCCGACGGACGAGGACCUCAUCUUCUUCCUCAGGCUGAAGCACGCCGGUCGAGAGAUCCCCGUCGGCUUCUUCAAGGAUUUCGACGUCUACCAAGCAUCCCCCGAGGCAAUCAAAGCUGCGUGCGGGGUGGUGGACGACGACGGGUGCUGGUACGCGUUCUCGCCGAGGGACCGCAAGUACAAGAACGGCGCUCGGCCCAAGAGGAGCGUCGUCGAGGAGGGCGGCCAGCAGCUGGGCUACUGGAAGUCCAACACCAAGCUGGCCUAUGUGCUCACCAGUGGCAAAGGCGAGGGCGCGGUGGUGACGGGGAACGUGACGUCGCUCACCUUCCAUGUCGGCCACCAGCCCGACGGGGCGCAGACGCCAUGGAAGAUGAAGGAGUACGCCAUCCCGGAGAACCAGCACGCGCCUGAUGGCUCAGCCACGCGGAGAAGCCUAAAACAGGAGGCUCAUGUAGGUCUUCUUGAAGUGGCUGAACUCUCCCUUGAUGAGCCUGAAUUGCAAGCUGUAUAUUUGGGUCUUGAGGUUGUGGACGUGGAGGAGAAUGAAGCACCUGUUGAGGAUGUAGAAGCAUAA